AAGAAACUGGACCUUACCACGAGCAUUUGGUCGAGUUUUGCUUGUAUCCUUAUUCCCAUCUUUAUUCAUCGAAGAAUGAUGAACAACCCACUACCAUUUCGCUUGUGAUCUUGUGCGACGUUGACAUCCGGAACCAUGAGAAGCCGUAUAGGGGUGGAGCCGACUCGCUUGACAGGGACGUAUGCACAGUCCGACCAACCUGUCACCUCUGAGAAAGGCUGUCUAGUCGGACUGGUGGACAUGGGAAGCAAUGGGAUACGAUUCUCAAUAUCAGACCUGUCUCCUCCUACGACGAGGAUCUUGCCAACGUUGUACCAAGAUCGGGCCGGCAUAUCACUUUACGACGCACAGUUCGACCCAGAUACAGGGGACAAGAUUCCCAUUCCAGACCACAUUAUCAAGAGUGUCACUGCUGAGCUCGAACGAUUCACCCUCGUGUGCAAGGACUUUGGGGUCCGGAAAUGUCGGAUACGGAUCGUAGCUACAGAGGCGACCCGUACAGCAUUCAACUCGGAGGAAUUCAGACAUCAUAUCAAAGCCAAGACGGGGCUCACCGUUGAGAUGCUGACCAAGGCACAAGAAGGUAACGUGGGUGCCAUGGGCAUCGUGUCUAGCUUCUCCGAUGUGAGGGGCCUAGUGAUGGACCUCGGUGGUGGAAGCUGUCAAGUGACAUGGAUCAUUUCUCAUGAUGGAAUGGUCCGCACCAGCCCCAAAGUCGCAAUUUCAUUUCCAUACGGCGCCGCGGCCCUGACGAGGAGACUGGCCGAAUGUGAGCAGGGCAAGGAUCCGGCGAAGGCCAAGGAGGAGUUUCGGAAAGAGAUCAGUGAGAACUUUCGCAAGGCCUAUGACGAACUGGACAUCCCGGCAGAACUCAUAGAUCAGGCUCGCAGGGAGGGUGGCUGGCAUUUGUACCUCUCUGGUGGGGGCUUUCGCGGAUGGGGAUACCUACUGCUCAGUCAGUCGCAGAAACACGGUCAACACUACCCCAUCUCUAUCAUCAACGGCUUCAAGGUAUACAAAGACGAGUUGACGGACACGGAAAGGCUGAAGAAGGUUGCUCGUGAGGCUGAGACAAUCUUCCGCGUCUCAGACCGUCGCAGAUAUCAGGUUCCAGCAGUUGCCUUCUUGAUCAACGUCCUCUCUAACACAUUGCCGCUGGGAAUAUCGGUUGCACGAUUCUGUCAAGGAGGUGUUCGGGAGGGUGUUCUCUUCAGGGACUUGCCUCGUCAAAUCCGAGCUCAAGACCCUAUAGCUGUGGCUUCAGCACCCUUUGCACGUCCCUCGGCCUGGCACUUCAAGGCACUUCUUCUGAGUGCUCUGCCAGCACCGGCACUGGAUAAGUGUGUUCCAGACACAAUUACUCCACACAUCAUUGAGGGUCUUGCAAAUCUGUGCUUUCAACAUACCUCGAUGGGCAAGGAGGUGGCCUCGGUUGCUGCCCUUUACAGCACCAUCACCGGUGUAUUGUCAGCGGCCCAUGGCCUUUCCCAUGCAUCCAGAGCCAAGAUCGCCCUCAUGUUGGAGAAUCGAUAUGAUGGCGAGCUGCCACCACGCGAGGAGCUCUUCAAGCAUCGCCUGGCGGACUUGCUUACCCCAGAAGAGGUCUGGUGGUGCAAUUAUGCUGGUAUUCUGGCUUGGCUGAUCGGGGAGAUCUAUCCCACCGGAUACACAGGUGUGAAGCCCAAGUUGUGGCUGUCUGCAAGGUUUGCCAAUAAGCUGGGUAAGAGUGGACAGAAGCAGGGGAUUGAAUUGACGAUAUCAACCCCAAGGCGUCAGAGCAAGGUAUCGACGUGCCCUGGUGACGACAGGGACGGGGACGAGGAUGAGAACCCCAUCGUUGGCAGGACACGCAUGGAAGGAUAUGCCAGGAAAGUAUCCAAAGUGGGCAAGAAGAAGAAUUGGAUAGGUGGACGAGACGGCUGGGGGAUGGCCGUCCAGGUGCUUAUUGCAGAGCAGCUGUCCAUUGAUUGAGUUUUGGGCUUCAAUGGCUCACCGAAGCCAGUGCAGUACUCUUUACUGUUAGCAUGUAUUUGUAUAGCCCUACGAUAGUGUUUAAUAGUCAGGAGUAUCGGGUGCCUCGUCGAAGACUGCCUA